AUGACAGGCAAGUCGAUGCGAUUGACAUUCAAGGGCGACAAACCCAAACGGAAACGCACGAAGAGUAGUGAUGAAAAGCGCGCGUCUAAGCGUGCCCAAGUGACUGGUGACGAGUCCGACGUUGAAAUGUAUGGAGGCGAUGAACAAGCGUGGGUCCCGCCUGCGACAUGUGGGGAAGUCACUGGGCCGACAUUUGUACACCAGCGCCAACAGAAUGGAUCUGCGCUCGUCCUCACGUACAAUGCUCCUCUCUCACAAGUAGAGACGACAACUGUCGAGCAGCCUGACAUCCCUCUCGAAAUGGUCGAAGACGGUGCAACCAUUGCGGCCACUGAUGUUGCACCCAACACCGUGCACCAGGUUUGGGUGGCUACGAAUAUUCCUAUGAGCAGCAAAUGGACGUUGAAAAGUACACAAGGCACGUUCCUUGGCUGUGACAAAUAUGGCGAAGUCAUCGCGACCAAUGAAGCGCGGGGUCCACAGGAAGAAUGGACUCUGUAUCAGGUGGAUGUCAUGCCAUCCUCGGACGACCGUAUUUUGGCUGGUCCGCGCCGUGGUUUCGCGUUCCAGUCGAUGUAUGGCGGCUACCUUGCCCUGGACGAUCCGACUGAGACGCAGGCUAAGCGUCGUUUGCGUGCCGACGGCCAAGAGGUGACGUCGUUGAGUGUGUGGGAUUUGAACGUGCAGUGGAAAUUCCGGCAUGCUUAUCGACAAAUGCAUCGCGCGACCAAAGUGGCUCCUACAGCGCAAGCAAGUUUGCUUGACGAAGAACGACUCUCUCGCUCAAGGCAGGGCUGGAAUGCUGGCACCUCGCAUCACUUUACCAAAGAGUCGCGACGCGAAUUGGUCCAAGCGCAGCGGGAAGGCCGUCUAGCAGAGGCCAUGCUGGAUCGGCGUGCGAAGUUGAAAAUUUACAUCUAA